AUGGAGCCACCCUGCCCAGAGGUGCAGAUAAGAGGCUGCAGGGCCUCUCCUCAGUUCCCCCUAAGGAGUCUGUCAAGGAAGCACUGUGAGAACCGGGAGAAUCUUCUCCACUUUGACCAGCAAGCCCCAGACUGCAUCUCUACCUCUCCCACUUACAGGAGAUUAAGGGGCAAUGGCUGUGGGACUUGACAUUCACUGCCUCAGCAAGAGACCUUGGACGUGCCCACCAGGAAGGAGCCUGGAAGCGGUAAGGACCCUGCGGGCUCUCCAUGUUACCUCUCCAGGAGUCUACCUGAGCCCAAGAAUUCUUCACACUCCCCAUUGCCCUUGAUGCUCCAACCAAGAUUACCUCCAGAUCCCCAAAGGGCCCUCAACACACCUGGCUGUUUGAACUUCUUCCCCUGUCUACGGCCAUACCACCCUACGCAUGCAAUCUCAUUUGAGCCCCUUCCCCUGCUUCAGCCCAUCAGUGGGGAGUCUCUUUCCCAGGCCUCUCUUCCCCAAAGAGGCCACUCACCACCCAGCCUUGCCCUAUGGCCUCCUGGUCCUCAGUCAAUACAGCAAGGAGCCUCCUGCGCUCAUUCGGAGCGCUGCAAAGGACAUGAUUUGAUGGUUCUCCUGGUAGGUCUGAAACUGUCUCUGGUGCAGCCGUUCCUGGGCUCCUUCCUCAUAGAAAUGGAGGCAGGGCCCAUUACUAGUCAGCAGCGCAAAUACAAACGCAAGCAUAUCCCUGAUCUGAACAAGUGCCUGUCCUCCGUGAAGAUUACAGACUUCGAGGACCUCAAGUUCUGUUGCCAUAAGGAUAAAACCUGAAAUGAAGUCACGGAAACAUAUCCAAAACUUCCUACUGAUCAAUUAGACUUGAGAAAGCAGUAAGAGGCAGUGUGGGAACUCUUCAUGCGUGAAUGCACUGAUUUCUUGGACCAUUUAUCAGUUCCUAAGAAGAUCAUCAUGAAUACAUUAAAAUAUCUACAAGCUCAUGAGCAUCUCCUGGAUGUAGAUUUAUGGAGACUCUUUGCAAACCUAGAAGACUUAGGUCAGACAAGCUUCGGUUUUGUGAACCAUGUUUCUGGUAUCAUCAAGGACUCUGCUGAGCCUUUUGAGACCUCACUACUGAUGGACUUCCUCUCCGUGCUCACAAAGCUUUUCCGAGGCAGCCUCUGUGAGAGCAACCAGACUUUCUGCCCGAACUACUUAGUCACUGCCUUUUAUCUUGAGAGCCUGGGGCAAAGAGAUGGCUUCGGAAUGUAUUUAAGAUGGUGUGUGCAAUAUGAACAGUGAGGAUGCCUCCACCUGAUGCUGCUGGCUCUGCUGCACAGGCUGACUCGGUGCCACUUGUUGCCAAAGAAUAUCUGGAAACGGAGUAGAGACUCCAUGGAGAAAAUCAUGGUCUAUGCCAUCAGGGAAAAGGAGGAGAGGUCAAUCAGGGACCUUGAGGGAAAAGUGAAGUGGCCUGACAAUCACCAAAAAUGUAGACAUCUACACGAGAUUAUAGUGUGGCCUCCACUUUGGGAUGGAGACCAAAGGCUUUUCAUCCCAGAGGUACAAAAAGGAUCAGUUAGGGCUCCUGGCCCUCCCCAGGAGUUUGACACUUUUAAAGAACACAUGGCAGAAAACAUCUUGUCACCAACGAACAGACACCUUCUCUCUGAAGGAAAAUUAACUCUUGCAGAAAGCACAAGACUCCUAGAUGUUUAUAUGUUUCUCUCUGAUGAUUUCCUCUUAGUUACAAAACCUAAUUGCAAUGAAAAGAAACUUGGAAGCUCAGGCCCUGGUUUACUGUGUCCUUCCUUCACUUACUGCUGAGCUGCAGUAAUAAAAGAGGGUGGUUCAUGUACGGUACUUAAUCAGCCCAUUCCACGAGAUAGAUAGGUGGUCCAAUGUAUUGAUCCACUCCACGUGUCUGUGUUUGGGCUGAGAAAACCUUUCCUUGUACAACAGGAAAACAGGUAUCGACAGUGUAUAGCAGCGUUCUUAUUGCAAACCCAAAGAGAAAAUAUUAAAAUAUGCAUCUCAAAAACAUGGAUGGCACAAAUAACAGCAGCAAUCUCUUGCUUCAUCAAGAAUCAGGAAACCAAGAAAAUAUCUUUGUUUACAUUGCCUGCAGAUUCUUCUGAAAUGUAGACACCUAAACCAAGUGGUGCAUUUUUUAGACAUUAGGAAUAAGGGAAAGACUGAGUAAAUUAACAUCAAGAUGUAAAGCAGCUAAAGAAUACACUAGAUGCAAAGAACUAUUAGUAUUCCCAGUUCAUCACAGCACCAUUCACAAUAGCCAAGUGGGAAAACCCUUAAUGUCCAUCAA